AUGGCAGGACAAACAUCCCCUUCAGACUGUUCUCACCUCAUUGACCAAAGCCACAUCCCUGAGUUUGAGGUGGCUGCUUGGGUCAAGAUCACCUUGGCUUCAGUGUAUGUCUGCAUCUUUAUUGCGGGCAUCUUGGGCAACAGCAUCACUAUCAAGGUCACUAAGAUCCUGCAGAAGAAAGGCUACCUGCAGAAGGAGGUCACGGACCACAUGGUGAGCCUGGCCUGCUCUGACCUGCUGGUCAUCUUGCUGGGCAUGCCCAUGGAGUUCUUCAGUGCCAUCUGGAGCCCCUUUUCCACCCCUAAUGGCAACAUAGCUUGCAAGCUCUACUACUUCCUCUUUGAAGCCUGUAGUUACGCCACUGUGCUGCAUGUGGCUACCCUCAGCUUUGAGAGGUACGUGGCUAUCUGUCACCCCUUCAAAUUCAAGGCAGUCUCUGGACCCCGCACAGUGAAGCUGCUCAUCGCCUUUGUCUGGGGGACAUCUGUCAUCGUAGCUCUGCCCCUGCUUUUUGCCAUGGGCACAGAAUAUCCCCUGGAAACCAUAGCGGGCUACCAAAGUAUGACUGCCUGUGUCAAGCCUGUGCACCACCUCCCUGAACUGAAGCACAAUAUGACCAUCUGUACCAGCCUCUCCUCCAAGUGGUCUGUCUUUCAGGCCAGCAUCUUCAGCGCCUUUGCUGUGUACAUCGUAGUACUGGGAUCUGUCGCCUUCAUGUGCCACAGCAUGAUGAAAACCCUGAUGAUCCACAAGGAAGGAACUGUGGCAGUGAAGGGUGGACUAAGACACCAGGAGCAGUACCUAAGAAAAAGUGAAAGCUCGGAGGGCAAGAGCUCCAGGAGACAAAUCAUUUUAUUCCUGG